GUUUAUGAAAGAAAGGGCGCAAGAGAAAAAAAGGUGUAAUUUGACUAAGGCAUGGCCUUAUCUUCUCCUUCCUUCUUUUCAACUCUGAACACCACAUCUUCACUACCCCAUUUCCAUGCACCAAAGCUUUCUUCUUCUUCUCACUUCCCAAUUACACCUUCCACUACCCAUCUUCCUCUCUCACACAAAUGGAGAGCAAAGGUUUCAUUUUUCCCUUCUUUCUUGAAGAAACGGAAAGAUGCCAAGAUCAUCAAGGAAGAACUCCUUCAGGCCAUUGAACCGCUUGAUCGAGGGGCUGAGGCCACUCUCGAAGACCAGCAAGCAGUUGAUCAGAUUGCUAGCGAACUCGAGAAAGUUAGUCCAAUAAAGGAGCCCCUAAAGUCUGACCUACUGGAUGGAAAGUGGGAGCUUAUAUACACUACAUCGCAGUCAAUUUUGCAAACCAAGAGACCAAAGUUGUUGAGAUCAGUUACAAAUUAUCAGGCAAUCAAUGUGGAUACUCUAAGGGCCCAAAAUAUGGAAUCUUGGCCAUUCUUCAACCAGGUGACAGCGGAUUUAACACCUCUAAAUCCAAGGAAAGUGGCCGUAAAAUUUGAUACUUUCAAAAUUGGAGGCAUUAUACCUAUUAAAGCUCCCGGAAGAGCUCGUGGGGAACUGGAAAUAACAUAUUUGGAUGAAGAACUGAGGGUAUCAAGAGGCGAUAAGGGAAACUUGUUCAUCUUGAAAAUGGUGGAUCCAUCUUACAGAGUUCCUGUAUAAUGGCAUUGUCAGGAUUGCAGUGCAACACUUGUGUUCAAACACUUUCUGUAUAAAGAGAUAAGAGCAAGUAGUAUGAGUACAAUCUAAAGCUCCAAAUGAGUUCUACUCUUUCACCCCUUGAAAUUUGUAAUAUUGUACUAUAUAUGGGAAAAUGUAUGAUUCAAAAGAAAUGGUUAACUA